AAGAUUUCGAAUGAAAAGCUAGUUGCAUCCAUGCUAAUAUUUGUGAUACUAUCAACAACAGAAGCAUAUUUUUCUAAAUCACCACAGCUACAAUCUCGAUCAUAUCCAUGUCAUCUUCAUUCACAAGCAUUACUUUGUCGAUUGCCAGCACCGCCACAUACCACUCCAUCCUCUUCUGCACCAUCAAAACCACUCUUCCAUCUUCCUUCACGUCUACCAAAUCACGCAACAAUUCCUUAUUCUAAUUUACCACCCUGUGUUGCAUUAUGUCCUCCACUACCAUCAUGUCCACCAUCAUCAUCAGUAUUUUGUCUUUUCUCAUGUCCACUACCAUCAUCACUCUCCUCUCCUGGCCUACCAACAGCUUCACCACUUCAGUACCAUUAUGAUAGCACAAAACCGAUUAGCUCCAGUUCAUCUUAUUUGGAUAGAAUAUCUGGAAGCUAUCAAGAUAGCUACAAAAGUCAUCCCAAAAACGGUAAUGAAAAUGUAACCGAUUUACCGGAUUCCUCGUUUUCUGAAAAAUCAAAACCAACUAAAUUACUUCCAUCCACUCAACAAUUCAAUCAACCAUCUGAUAUUUAUCUGCCAAAUAUAAUCCAUGAAAAUGCAUCAACUCCAUUACAAGAACAACUAUCUCAAAUCACCGAGAAAGAUGAAUCUGUCGCAGAAAUGGCAAAGGAUGCUGGGGCAUAUGAAGUUAAAUAUCUGAUAAAAAGUAACUGCUCAUCGAAUGACACUAACUGUGUUAUCGAUAAUUUCAUUGUACCACCAGAGAAUGAUUGCUGCACAAACUGUCUCGCUCCAUGUCGUUUUCGGUAUAUACAAAAGACAUCACUUAGAAGCGAUCAAAUUCAGGAAGUGGAUCCGGUCUGCAAUAAUGAAUUACUAAAACAGAUAAUCGACAAACAAGUGGAUGAUGAUAUUAACAAAUCUAAAAUUCGAAUAGAACGAACAGCACGAUGGUUUCUUGGGGAAUUAUUUGGAGUGAUCUGCGGAAAUGAUAAUUUUGCUUACAUAAUUCAAACGAAGGAUUUCUGUCAACAUCGAAAAGGAAACGUUACUUGCUACGUUUUUCGACCAUUUAGAUUAUAG